AUGAUUUCAACCACAAAUUCAUCAAUGAAUAAUUUAACUAUUCCACUAUCUCAUUACUUUCUUGAUGGAUUGAACUUUUUCUUCAAUCAUAUCUAUCUAUUAUUACUUGCUAUAAUCGGUUCGAUUGGAAAUGCAUUAGUUAUCAUUAUUUUCAGUCAAAGAGCUUUCCGAACAAAAAUUGGGUCAUUUGGUUCAAAUAUGUCGAUCUAUCCCUUUCUAUUUUACAUGGCCAUAUCAGAUACACUGUAUCUUAUUAUACUAUUUUGCUUGUGGCUGUCAAAUUAUAUUAAUGUUCUACAUCGCCCAGUGAUAUGUCAACUCACAUUAUACAUCACGUAUGUGUGUAAUUUUAUCAAUGCUUAUUACACAAUAGCAUUCACUGUCCAACGUCUAUUUGCAGUGAUUAAUCCAUUCCAAGUAUCUCGAGUUCUUUCAUGGUAUCGUUCUCGAUGUUUAGCAUUAUCAAUAAUAUUAUUUGCGUGUAUCAUAUAUUCAUAUUUACCAUUUUUAAUUGGUAUUGUCAAUGGAAAAUGUUUUUCUCGUCCAGAAUAUCGUUGGAUCAAUAAAUAUAUGGACAUAAUCGACUCUAUUAUUGUUUUUCUUAUACCAUAUUUUGCUAUAAUAACAAUGAAUACAAUUAUUCUUAUAUCAUUACGUCGAAUGAAACAUGAUCAGCAGGAGUUUCUAUUUCGACAUCAUUCACAAUUGAAUAGAAUACGUGAAUUAACACGUCGUAACGCAUCACGUAAAAUAACACAGUUGCUAUUAACUGUGUCAACCUCAUACUUAAUUAUAUGUGCUCCAUAUGCAUCUAUGCACACAUGGCGUUUAUUGAAUAGUCACCAAGAAGAAAAUAAAAAUUCUCAAUUGAUUAAAAAACUAGAGCACUAUUCACUCUUUAUAUAUCAUAUAUCGUUUGCAAUGAACUUUUAUAUCUAUAUUUUAUUCGGUUCAAAAUUUCGUCGGGAAUUAAAACGUUUUUUUACAAAAUCGAAACAAAGCUUUUGUCAUUAUUUUCAAGAAAAGAAAGUUUACGAAAACGAAAAUCGAUUAGAAUUAACAGAAAAAAAUUCCAUAAUGUCAGUCGAAUAUUCAUUUAAUGGCGAUCUCAAUCAAACUGAUGAUGGCCGCAGUAUACUGAGAAACUAUUGUUGUUGUCCUAUUUCUAUUCAUUUGUAG